UCCCCUCAAAGCCAGCAGGCUGCUGUGUGAUCCAGACUGCUGGCUACGUGGAACACAUUGCUGCCUCGCUCCUCCAGGGCUCCUCCAGGGCUCCUCCAGGGCUCCUCCAGGGCUCCUCCAGGGCUCCUCCAGGGCUCCUCGGGCUUGUUCUGCAGGGCAGGGGGCAGAGAAGGAUGCCACCACCACGCUGAACCCCAUCAUCCCUCCUCCCCCUCCCGGUCCUGUGAACUGAGCCCGCCCCUCCCUCCGUGUCCCCGACCUCUCUUUCCAUGCCGCCGCCCCCUUGACGAUGGUCCCAUGCAUUAACUGGCUGCAGCCUUUCCUCGCCUUGAUCUCCUCGACCUUGUUGACGCGAGGCCACGUCUGCCCCUCCAGCUGCUCGUGUCCGGACCACCACACGGUGGACUGCACCGGCCAGGGUCUCACCGGGGUCCCCGACUCCAUCCCUCUGAAUGUUCGCCGCCUGCUGCUCUCCAACAACUGGAUUCCCUGGAUCCCCUCCGACUUCUUGGUCCUCUACAGCGAUCUGGUCUACCUGGACCUGAGGAACAACUCCCUGUCCCUGUUGGAGGAGGGCACCCUGAGCACCUCCUCCAGACUGGUCUUCUUGGACCUGGGGAGCAACAACCUGACAGAAAUCCCCUCUGGAACCUUUCUGGAGUCGAGGAGUCUGAUCAAGCUGCGUCUGGGCAACAACCCCCAUCUGAGCGCGGUGGGCAGCGACGCUCUCACGGGGCUGACGUCCCUGAGGGAGCUGGAGCUGGACAGCGAUGGUCUCACGGGGCUGGACGUCUCGGUCCUGGAGGCCCUGCCCGCUCUGACGACGCUGCGCCUGGAGGGGAACCCGUGGCUCUGCAGCUGCCGCUUCGCCAAUCUGUUUGUGUGGCUGACAGAGAACCUGCAGAAGCUCCCACACGGUAUGGAGGGGAUGGAGUGCUCCCUGCCUCAGGAUGGCCGCCGCGUUCCCCUCAGCCUGCUCUCUGAAGACAGUUUCCGAGCGUGCCGCGGCAGCCUCACGCUCACCGACUACCUCAUCGUCAUCUUCUCCGGCAUCUCCGUCUCGGUGGUGGCCAUCGCGGCGAGCUUCUUCCUCGCCUCCACGGUGCACUGCUUCCAGCGCCUGAGCAAAGCCAGCAGAGGAGACGAGGAGGAGGGCAACGACUGAAGGAGGGAUGGAGUUAAACUCCUGCUAAGCACAAGAGAGAAGAUGGUAGAGGAAAGGUGUGAUAGCAACUGUGUGAUAGGA